AUGGCUUUAUGGCUUACGGAUUUGCCCGCCGAUUGCACCUACCAAGAGUUGCUCGCCGCAAUAACCGACACCGGAAAGGUGUUUUCGACGCACAUCACCCACCCGGUGGCACACCAUGCAGGUUGUGCCGCCACAAUCGCCUUCUUCACCCACGAAGAGGCCCAGACGUUGCUGUUGCGGACCGCUAAAGGUCAGUUCAUGGUCCGAGGAGCAGUCCCAUGCGUACGUUGGAACACGAACAAAUCCGACGGCGGCGGAGGCAGCAUGAGUCCCUUGUCGAGAGUCCUCCGAAUCUCUGGCAAACCCCAGUUCGUUAACCAAAACUACCUGGCCCACUACCUCCAGGUGGUAAAGGGUAUCUACUACGACACAGGCGCCUUUAUCCUUACACCAGGACCCUACGGAAACGAGGUAGAGUGGAGAUUUACAAGCUACCGCGCCCAGGCAGAACUGGCAUUCAAGGCAAUCACGAAAGAGCUUGCAGGGCAAAUGAUUGCGUGGUACGGUGAAGAUCCGUGCCGCUAG